AUGGAGGAAGAGCUGCAUCUGGAAGGCGACUCCAAAACCACAGAUGGACCGCUGGCGCCCCCAGCGGUCCACCCGACCCCCUCUGCCUGCAGACCCCCUCUGUCUGUAGACCCCCUCUGCCUGCAGACCCCCUCUGCCUGUAGGACCCCUCUGUCUGUAGGACCCCUCUGCCUGCAGGACCCCUCUGCCUGUAGGACCCCUCUGCCUGUAGACCCCCUCUGCCUGCAGACUCCCUCUGCCUGCAGACCCCCUCUGCUUGCAGGACCCCUCUGCCUACCCCCUCUGCCUGUAGACCCCCUCUGCCUGCAGGACCCCUCUGCCUGUAGACCCCCUCUGUCUGUAGACCCCCUCUGCCUGCAGGACCCCUCUGUCUGUAGACCCCCUCUGCCUGUAGACCCCCUCUGCCUGCAGACCCCUCUGUCUGUAGACCCCCUCUGCCUACCCCCUCUGUCUGUAGACCCCUCUGCCUGCAGGACCCCUCUGCCUGCAGGACCCCUCUGCCUGCAGACCCCCUCUGCCUGCAGGAACCCUCUGCCUGUAGACCCCCUCUGCCUGACCCCUCUGUCUGUAGACCCCCUCUGCCUGCAGGACCCCUCUGCCUGUAGACCCCCUCUGCCUGUAGACCCCUCUGCCUGUAGACCCCCUCUGCCUGCAGGACCCCUCUGCCUGCAGGACCCCUCUGCCUGCAGGACCCCUCUGCCUGCAGGACCCCCUCUGCCUGCAGGACCCCUCUGCCUGUAG